GCUUCUGGGUACAUUUGAGCCGGUUGGUCGGCCGCCAUUGAUUAAGCGUCCGCUCGGCCCAGCUCAGCAGGCCAUCUUCGGUCCGACGCACCUCGGACACGGCGACAGAAUGACGGCUGAGCCCCGCGGUGAAGCAGCGGCGCAGGACGAAAGCACCGAGCAGGGCGCGGUGGAGGUGAGGAGACAUGGAGUGCUUCGCUCCGUGCUGCGGGGCCUCUUCUGGCCGUUUGGCAUCGUGGUCCAUGCUUGGCGUGGUUUUUGGUGGGUGCUGGGCUACAGGCAGCCUAAGCAAGAGACAGUCCUGACCUCCAGUCCUGCGCGGCAGAGCCUAACCGGUCGCAAGCGUCUGCGCAAGGUCACCCGCCUGAUGUUGAUGAUCCUUCCACGCUGGGUGCACGGCGCACUGGGGUAUCCUCUCUCAACUGGCAUCGGCCGCUCCCUCUCCCCAGAAAAAAGCGUCUCCCCCAUUAAACCGUGUGGGAAGGGGAGCAAGCGGAAGCAAGACGAUUUGGAUGAUGAGGAAGAACAUCAGACCUGGGUGGAGGUGCUUUCUCAAGAGCUCACUGAAGAAGAUUCGGAGGAGGAUCCAGACUAUGAACCCAGUUCUAUAGAGACGGCGAGUGAGGAGUACAGCUCUCACAACAACACUGAGGUUGACCCCGAGGUUCACGGCAAAACCCUAGUCUGGGUUGAGGAUGUCAACACGGAUGCUUUGCUGCCAUCUUAAGCCUGUCCUGAUGUUUAAAGUCAUUUUGUAUAAUGUAAGUUUUAUCAUUUGCAAUAAAACUUACUGAAUUUAACACAUCA